UAGAUAAUUAUCAGGAAGAUUUAGAGCAGUCCAUCGCAUCUCCACUCUCAAGCUGAGUGGGGAUGCGAUGAACUACUCCAUCUACCGUGUGAUCGAGCUAACUUCACACACGAUGAAAAUCAGAUUUACAAAGCCUUCACCAUCAUGCGUGUGCUUUUCUUCGUCCUUUGCAUUUUAAUGAUCAUCGUCCCUUCCGCACAGGUAAGAAUAUUACCGAUAUGA